GAGUAGAACCAGCUCUGCACAAAGAGGAGAGGAGAGAUAGUGUGUGUUUGUGUUUGUGUGUGUGUGUGUGUGUGUGUGUGAGCAGCAGAGAGUAUAAACCUGGGACACAGAAACAGAGGACAUACAUGAAGACAGAAUCAGACAGGGACAGUGUCAGGAGAAAAAGACAGAAAAGGACAGAAGGGUGAAAAGACGGUGUCAAUAGAGAAGGACAGAAAAGACAAAGAGUCCAACAGACGGUGAGAGACAACAUAGACAGACAAAAAUAAGAGUUUGACGAAAAGUUAGGACCGGCUGAGAAAGAGAUAGGACGAAGAGAGACUGACAGAAAGCAGGAGGUCAGACUGGACACAGAUGUAAAGGACAGAAGCAGACAGGUAACAGACUUAACACAGUGUCUCCAACUAUGGAAGACUACACUUUUCCAUCAUGGAUUUACCUCGCAGUCCUAACUGUCUUUGUGGGCGGAGCCACAAAGAAGAUCUUGGCUUCUCACCUGAGUCCCACCCCCGUCAUGGUUGCAUGGUUGGGGGUCACGGUGCUGGUGGAGAGGCUCUGGGCUAUCUGUAUACCGGCUCUGCUGGUCCUGGUCCUGCUGGGUUUUGUCUGCUGUCUUUACGCUGCCGUCAGGACUCGUCCAUCUUCCAGGUUGCCAGCAGAGGGCAAAGCGGUCUUCAUCACAGGCUGCGACAGUGGUUUUGGAAAUGCUACUGCGAGGCAUCUGGAUGUUCUAGGCUUUGAGGUGUUUGCCACAGUGUUGGACCUGUCAGGAGAGGGGGCCAGAGCGCUGCAAAAGAACUGUUCCAAUCGCCUGACCCUCCUGCAGGUGGAUAUCACUGAGCCACAGCAGGUGAACCAGGCUUUGAUGGAGACCAAGGCCAAGCUGGGCCUCAAGGGUCUCUGGGCACUGGUUAACAACGCUGGAGUGUGUGUGAACUUUGGAGACACAGAGCUUUCGCUGAUGUCAAACUUCCGCGGCUGCAUGGAGGUCAACUUCUUUGGUACGCUGAGUAUCACCAAGACCUUCCUGCCUCUGCUGCGACACUCCAAAGGACGCAUCAUCACAAUAUCCAGCCCUGCAGGUGACCAGUCAUUUCCAUGUCUGUCAGCAUAUGGAGCGUCUAAAGCAGCACUCAACCUCCUCUUCAACACUCUGAGACACGAGCUAGCACCAUGGGGCGUUCAAGUGUCCAUCAUCCUGCCCUCAUCCUAUAAGACAGGUCAUUCCAGUAAUCAAGCCUACUGGGAGGAGCAGCACAGAACACUCCUGCAGACCCUUCCUAAGUCACUGCUGGAGGACUAUGGGGAGGACUACCUGAGUGAGACCAUGGAGUUGUUCCACAGCUAUGCCCGCCAAGCUAACCCAGACCUCAGCCCUGUGGUCAACACCAUAGUGGAGGCCCUGCUAACACCGCAGCCACAGCCCCAUUACUUUGCAGGAACUGGUGUUGGGCUGAUGUACUUCAUCCACAGCUACCUGCCGUUCAGCCUCAGUCAACGUUUCCUCCAGAAACUGUUCCUGAAGAAAAAGUUGCCACCUCGUGCUCUAAGGGAGAAGUCCAGUUUGGAGCUCAACCUGUACAACAACAAUAACAACAACGAAGAGAAGCCGAUGUAGUGGCCAAGUCUGUAUCUGAAUAACAGCUGUCUGUCAAAUAUAUGUCUGUGUCUGUGAUGCCUAACUACCACCGGUGGACAUGUCCACAGGUCAUAUCAGGUCAGUACCUGUGGUAGAUCAGUACAUGAGACUGUUAGCAGUCACACAGUUGAACUGCUGUCACACUCCGGUGACUCAAAUAGACCUUCACCUUUGAUCUUUUUUGAAUACGCACACACACACACACACAAACAAACACUUACACACAAAGUCCAUUAUACUUUGGUCUCACCUCCUUUUAUUGCCCACACAUCACUCUCCGUGAGACCAUAUGUCUGGGGUUCAUAAAAAAUAACCACUACAUAUUUUCUGGCACCAGCCUUUAAUUAGCUUAUGGUGUUAUUAAGGAAAUCUUCAUUAAAUUGAGUAGCCAGACAGUACGGGCCAGCACCUACUGGCCAGCAGCUGUAUUGUACUCUACACUUUUCAGCUUAAUAAAUUUGGUCCACUCUAUUCAUCAUUUCAAUAAGAUCUCUAUAUGGAACAGCUCAGCUGUGUUGGGCUACAACUGCUUAAAUUUAUGGAGACUUACAUUUCCAAAAGUUCAAUAUCACCUGUCAUUAAAUGACUUCCCUCAAUGACAGACAUUUAAGUCAUUUAAGUUGAAGCCCAUUUUCCAAACGUCCAGUGGACUAGAACAACCUCUAUGGCACUGUUGUGACUUCCUCUUGGCUGCAGCCCACUCUCUUUAGACUGAGUGAACUGCAGUCCGCUAACUGAAACUCAGGUCACUUAUUUACAAACAAAGCACAGGCAGCCUAUAAUAAUCACUUCCUGUCUGCCUUUCCAAAUAAGAGCACACUAUUUUCAAGUAACAUAUCACCUGUUGCCGGGCAACAUGACAUGUUUCCUUUGUGGUUUAUUAUGGUCAACGUACAUACGUUUUUAGAUUUUAGUCUGAUUGUGAUAAACGUUUGUGUUGAUUUUCUGAAGUUCAUUUGAAUGUGAAUUGAAUGUGGAAACAAAGUUAAACUCUUUGAACAUGUGAGCCAGAGCACAAACAAACUGCACGUUCUACACCAAUCACAGGGGGCUGAGAGGGUACGUCUAGUCACAUCUAACAGACACAACUGUGACAAAACCUCAUCACUGACUGUCCAAAUCAUUCAACUGCCUCCAUUUGACAUUGGUUAGCAUUAAGAACAGAAAGCCUCAUCAUUCCUGACUGCAGGUUUGGGAACACCAGUAAACGACAGAAGCAGUGGAGAAAUGAAGCUGAAUAAAGCACAGAAAACAUAUUGUAGCCUGUUUGUUCCCAACGUUUUUCCCAAGUACACUGGAACCUCGGUUUUGAAAAUUAAGUAGGAAAGGUCAUUUCAUUGGUCCUGGCUCCUGCUGAGGAGUCCUGAUAGGACAAUGUUCACUUCACUUUCUCACUAAUGAUUGUCUCUGAAAUACUGUGGCCGGCCAACUGUUUCUGGUUGAUCCAAAUCAGUGUCAACUUUUCCAACUUCUUCUACUGUCUGAGAUCUGUUCUUGGUGAUCACAGUCACUGCUUUGACAACUUUAGCUUCUGUUACUGCUUCCUUCUUCUUCAUGAUGCUACAAAUCCACCACUUUGUUAAACCAUACUGUAAAGACACAUCUGAAACACCAGCUCCAUUCUCAUGCUUUCCUACAAUCUUUCUUCACUUCUGUUGUUGUUCUAUUUUUCUUUCUCACUGUGAUUUAUGGAAUAAAAAAAAUAUAAGAAAUAGAACAACACAAGAAAUACUAUACUAAUAUAGUUUUAUACUCGGCAAAAUUUUGCAUUAUGCUAGCAGCAACACGUGUUGCAGCUUCUAUUUACUAGGUAUUUACUCUUUAUAUGAUAAAAAUGUAAUUCUUAUUUUUUUACCAACAUAAAAUAAAUACUAAAAUAUACAAAGGAUGAUAAUUCAAUCUGUUAUUUAAGGUGUUUUACUUACUUCCUGUUAUUGCAGUGUAAGGCAGACAGCUCCCUCCAGAGGUGUAGGCUGUAAAUUCACAGGCCUGGUCAUGUGACCAUUCACAGUGUCAUGAAGACAAGCUAUACUUCCAUUAGAACCAGGGAUUUGCUAGAAAAGCCAAAAAGGACAAUUCCAGAUGUUUCCGGAAGUUGAAAAGAAAUAUACUGGAAUUAAACGGGUUAAAUCGAAAUUGCCGAUCCCGCUGACCAACUU